GAUCUUUUAAUGUCGAGCAGACCAGACCGCAUUGGCAUCGUGUUUCUCCUCCUUGUAGGUUUCUUCCAUCAAUAAUCAAACCCAUCACGACCCGUCGGAGCCGCCGCCGGAGAGGAUAUUCAGCAGAUUAGAUCGGCGAAUUGAGCCUCCUACUCUUCCCAAGGAGAUCGCCGAUUUAGAGUUUCGUCCUCGCAUCGAUAUGGAUUCGCUCUGAAUUUUCGGGCUUUAGAGAUGACGGAACCUAUGUGGUCACACGAUCAACCUUCUCCUCGGUCUCCGAUACCAUCACCAUCACCACUGGCUAAUCCCCAUCGCCAAAGGUGUAGGAGCGUCUUCAAGUUACUGGUCCAAAGAGAGAUUUCACCUAAAACGAAGUUUGUGCCAAGGAAACGACUGGGAGUUAACCGAUGCGGUGCUGAUUCGUCUUGCGGAACUAGUAGCCAACCAGUGAGCGAGCUGGGACAUAAUCUUAUUUCAUGGGUUGAGGCAGAGUCAUUGCAUCAUUUAUCUGCUGAGUACUGUCCUCUUGUGCCUCCUCCAAGGUCGACUAUUGCAGCAGCUUUUAGUUCUGAUGGAAGAACUCUUGCUUCUACACAUGGUGACCACACUGUAAAGAUUAUUGAUUGUGAGACAGGGAAAUGCUUGAAAGUUCUGAGCGGCCAUCGGAGGACACCCUGGGUGGUUAGAUUCCACCCGCGCCACUCAGAGAUAGUUGCUAGUGGAAGUUUAGAUCAUGAGGUGCGCUUAUGGAAUGCAAAAACUUCGGAGUGUAUUAGAUCUCAUGAUUUCUAUAAACCUAUUGCUUCUAUAGCUUUCCACGCUGGAGGUGAUUUACUUGCUGUUGCAUCUGGUCAUAAGUUGCACAUAUGGGAUUACAAUAAGAGAGGGGAGGACUCAUCGCCAGCGAUUGUAUUGAAGACAAGGCGUUCUCUGAGAGCUGUACACUUUCAUCCACAUGGGGUCCCUCUUCUCUUGACAGCAGAGGUGACUGACAUUGAUUCAUCAGACUCCGCAAUGUCCAGAGCAACAUCUCCAGGCUAUCUGCGGUAUCCGCCACCUGCUAUUUUCUUCACCAACACGCAGAGUGGCGGUCGUACUAGCGUGGCAGCUGAACUGCCACUUGUGCCAUUACCUUACCUGGUUUUGCCUUCAUAUUCUGCUGAUGAUCCAAGAAGCCAACAGCCAACUGGUACUACUGGUCAAAGGAAUGCACAACAAUCAAGGUUUCAGAGUAUUCAAAGUUCCAGCAGAACAAUGUCUCCUCCUACUCUUCCCUUGUCUAUGUCCGGUGAUCUUGCUGCCCAAGCUGGAGGUAGAACUUCGGCCACUGCAGUUGAUGCCAUGGAUAUAGAUGAAGCUCAACCUAUUGGAAGAAAUAGAAUUCCCAGUCAAGUCUUAAGUCAAUCAGAGCAAUUAGUUCACCUCAGAGACAGAGUUUCAUGGGAGGUACCUUUUCUACAAGGGUGGUUGAUGGCUCAGAGCCAGGCUGGUGCUAACUCAGGGGUCCUUUCUACUGGUAGUAGUGGUCAGGCCAGUUCAGCUCCGCAUAUAGGUUCAUCCACAGCUAGUCUAGAGGCUGCAGUAGCGUCAUUAGAAAUUCCUGGUGGCGUUAACUUAUAUGGGGCUUCUGCAAGAGGAGACUCCCGGGACCGAGUUUCACAGUCCCGGUUUGCAGGAUCUGGUUUAGCUACUCAACACCACCAAGGAACUGAUGCCCAACCUGUGGUAAACAGAAUCCCCUCUGAACUGGCUUCUUCCAUUGCUGCUGCAGAGCUGCCUUGUACUGUCAAACUGAGAGUGUGGUCACAUGACAUCAAAGACCCGUGUGCAAUACUCAAGUCCGACAAAUGCCGACUGACAAUACAUCACGCUGUUCUUUGCAGUGAAAUGGGAGCUCAUUUCUCGCCAUGUGGGAGAUAUCUAGCAGCCUGUGUUGCGUGUGUUAUUCCUCAUGGUGAGACAGAUCCUGGUUUGCAGACUCUGGUCCAGCAAGAUUCGGGGCUUGCAACUUCCCCUACUCGACAUCCUGUCACAGCACAUCAAGUCAUGUAUGAACUUCGUGUGUAUUCUCUCGAAAAGGAAACAUUUGGUUCAGUACUUGUGUCAAGGGCAAUUAGGGCUGCACAUUGCUUGACCUCUAUCCAGUUCUCACCAAACUCCGAGCACAUAUUGCUCGCAUACGGUCGGCGUCAUGGUUCUCUUUUGAAGAGCAUUGUGAGUGAUGGAGAAACAACAUCACAUUUUUUCACUGUGUUGGAGAUUUACAGAGUUUCAGACAUGGAACUGGUGAGAAUACUACCUAGCUCAGAGGAUGAAGUUAAUGUUGCUUGCUUUCAUCCUUCACCUGGAGGAGGUCUUGUUUAUGGAACAAAGGAGGGGAAGCUUAGGAUCUUCCGGUACAACACAGCUGUUGCGUCUAACCUCAUCGCACCCAACAGCUCACCUGAGAAGAACCUUACCGAGGUGCAGACUUAUGCAUUAGAAUGCUAGACAGAGAAGAAUUCAGAUCUCAGCCGUUAUAUAUACAUACUCAUAGUCGGAUGUUAUCUUUUUUAUACGAUGGAAGGUCGCAACGUUCUCAGUUUGCUACCUAAGUUUGAAGCAGGUUUCUUAGUCAGUUAUUUGAAAAGACUGCAGAAAAAUGUUCAAAAAAGAUUGUUGUUGUAGCUUUGUAACUAAGUUUGUAACCACGUUCUUCCUUUAUAAGUUUAUCUUUACUUGUUUGAUUAUC